AUGAAGUCUGUACGCUUGAUGCAUGCCCUGUGCAGGCGUGUCCAGCACACAUUCCUGGCCAGACGCAGAGAUGUGGAACAGCGACGGCACUAUGCCGAGAAAUGUGACUCGGUGAUCAAAGGCGUUGUGGUGGGCGUGUACGCCAAGAAGGGCGACCGCCAGCCCAAGAUGACACCAUCCGGCGAGAAGUUUGACGAUCGCGUCCAGGGCAAGAUCACUGAUCUAAUACGCGAGACGGGCCUGAGUGCCCAGCUGGGAAAAGGCCGUGUCUUUAUGAACGUGGAUGCGGAGUUCCGUGCGGUGGCCGUGGUAGGCGUGGGACAGGAGGGGGCCGGCUUCAACGACCUGGAGAUGAUCGACGAGGGAAUGGAGAACGCUAGCGUCGCUGCCGACGUGGGGGCUCGUGCCCUUCAACUGCAGGGCUGCACAGAUGUCUUCGUGGAGUCGAUGGACUGUACCGACUCGGAUGCCUGGAUGCGGGGCCUGUUCAAGGCCGAAUCGCAGAACCUGGCCCGUCGCCUGGCCGAUACGCCGGCCAAUCAGAUGACGCCCACAAUCUUCGCCCAGUCAACGGUGGAUGCCCUGUGCCACUGCGGGGUAUCCGUGGAGGUACGCAGCAUGGACUGGAUCGAGUCCAAGAUCUUGAACAGCUUCUUGAUGGUGGCCAAGGGCAGCUGCGAGCCGCCGAUCAUCUUGGAAAUCGCCUACUGCGGCACCGCACCCGAGGACAAGCCCAUCCUCCUGCUGGGCAAGGGCAUCACAUUCAACAGCGGGGGCCUCUGCCUCCGUCCCAAGGACUGCUUGUCCAUGUACCGCGGCUGCAUGUCCGGUGCAGCCGCCUGCUUCGAGAAGGUCGGUCCCCUUACGGGGGAUCGCGUUUGGCGUCUGCCCCUGUGGCGCUACUUCAAGGAGCUGAUCAUGCCGAACGAGACCUUUGACAUCAGCACCCGCGGACGUGGCCCCGCCUCCAGCUGCAUCGCUGCCGCCGUUCUGCACGAGCUGGUGCCGUGCGUCGACUGGGCCCACCUGGACAUCCGCAACGUGGGCAUGCUGACGCGCUACAAUCCGCUCCCAUAUUUGCUGAAGGACCGCAUGACUGGCCGUCCCACUCGCACCAUCGUUCUGUUUCUGUUUCAGAUGGCUUGCCCCGACGGCAAGUAA